GCUCCGGUCACAGUGCCGGCCCGCCGCGCUCAGGAAGGUUCCCUCGGCCCUAGCUCGGCUCUUGUGAGAAAUUCAUGUACAGUAGGGCGGAUUGGCGUCCAAGCUUGGGUGAGCAGCGUUGGCGCCGCCGAUUUUAUCUAUUGAUACCUAUCUUUUUGCCAGUACAAAAAAGAGUAAUAAAAGCGUGGAAUAAACGUGAAAAGAUCAAGAGGUGACAGUGAAGAUCAGACGGGGGAAGAGUACAAAACUGAAGUUUUGCAUGAAAGUCUGAUAACUAACCAAGAAACAGUUGCAUUACUUUCCUUCUGUUUAGCCUUUUGCAAUAAAACCACUUUGUAGUGCAGGCCAUCUGUGAAAUCCUCAGGAACAAAGAGUGCUGAGGGACUGCAGUAGACCAAACCUGUGCAGCCGUAGUCUUUGAAAAAGGCAGAAGGCCGUUUGAACCAUGGCAAGCCAGGACUUGAUGGCGAAAAAAAGAGAAUGUCUCCAGGCCUACAGCUGGUGGAGAACACCACAGAAGAAACGGAAGAAAAAGAACAAAAUAAAACCAGGAAGAAUAGAGUUUGUCCCUAGUAGUACUAAUUCAGUCAGACCAGAUUAUUCAAUAUUUGUUGGGGAGCUUACUCCAGAAGUGGAUGAUUUCCAGCUUUAUGACUAUUUCCUGAAAAGGUACCCCUCAUGUAUUGACUGCAAAAUAGCAACAGACCUGCUGGGAUAUUCCAGAGGGUAUGCCUUUGUCAGGUUUGGUGAGCAAGGUGAUCAGAUGAGGGCACUGCAGGACUGCCAGAAUGCACCAGGCCUAGGGGGAAAACGAAUACGGCUGAGCAUAGGAAUUUCUAAAAGACUGAAAGCAGAAUUCCAGCGGUACCAGUCGUACAAUUAUAAUGAUUAUUACCAAGAUUAUCAAAACUACUACUCUACACAGUGGAAUUACGAUCCUUAUGCUGAAUACAACAACUACAGCUCCUAUGCUCCCUAUGAUAGUAUGCAAGCUGUUGGAGACUGCUCUUUAGGAGAUGCUGUUAUGGCUCCAGCUGUUUUUGAGGAAACUUCGGUUAUGACUGAAAUCAAUGAUGACCUAAUAACUGAAGAUCCACAGCUUUACUUUGAUGUUGAUGAAAUGAACAGACAAUUUAUGGAGACAAGCGAAGAACUCUAUGAUUCCCUCAUGAAUUGUCACUGGCAGCCUCUGGAUACGGUCACUUCUGACAUCCCCCCUGCUAUUUAAGUGUCUUAUAGCAUGACCGUUAUGACCAAGGUGCUAAAAUUUCUUCUACAUUACUCUAGAUCAUAAGUUUUAAAGCACAAUGAUAGUUUUGGGUUUUUUUUGCUAUGCUUUUCACAGUUCCUGUAUUUUUCUUUCUUUGUUCUUCACUCUACUUGGAGCAUCUUGAAAUUGUGUAAAUAUUCUAGAAAUGUAAAGAGUUCAUUGGGGUCUAAAGAUAGACUUGCCUGUGUAAAUAAAAUUUUGUUUCUGCAAACCUGCCAGAAAGGGAUUUUACUUACAGAUGUGAAGCAUGUUCUCUUCUGGCUUCUGGAAUUGAGCUGGAGGCAGUAGGUGUUUUUUCAUCUGUCAUUGCAUCAGCACACUGACCAUAUGUACAGAAGGGCAAACUUUCAGCUGUAGUAGCUGCAAAUGGCAGUAGCUGCAAAUGUUCCAAAGACUGAGCCUGACCCUGCUGCCACUUCUAUUCAUCCUCUGCUUAUCAUUACUGUUCUCAACUGACACUUGAUAGCAAAGAAACUGGUGUAAAAAUAAUACAUUCUUAAACCUAAUAUGUUCUUAAAGUUAGUAAUCAUUGUAAAUAAUAACUUUCUGGUUUAAAUGAGGGAAAAAAAACCUCCCUGGAAAUAAAUAUCUUCAGUAACAACUCUUCAACUAAGUUGUACCCUAUCCUAAACAUCUUUGUAGCAUCAGUUUUUGUGCUCAGUUAUAAUGAGAUUAUGAAACUUUAGGAGGGUGACAGUUUUCAGUAUUCAGGUCAAAGGAGAUUAGAGAGGGCAAGGAGGAAAGUGCUGCUUUAAGUGAGCAACUUCUGAGUGGCUUCCUGUUCUCAUCCUGGCAGGUAUGAAGUAUUUUUCAGUCAUAGAGAUUACUUAAGCACAUGCAUAUGCAAAAGUAUUUACUCUUUAAUGUACAGGAUUGUAAAGUAAGGCUGGAAACAGAAAAAUAAUUCUCCCAAGAAAAAUAAGUAGCAGAAAUUAAAGCUAAUAGCUGUGGAAACUACUAAACCUAGCCAGACUCCAUCUCUAGAAACAUUUGUGGAUGUAUGGAGCUUUGAGCAACCUCCUCUAGUUGAUCCCUCACUACAGAGGGAUUAGACUACACAACCUUUAAAGGUCUCUUCCAGCCUAACCUGUCCUAGAAUUCUAAGAUGUUUUGGUACAGUCAUGUGUGUUUUGGUGGCAAUUAAAUUAACAGCUGUGUUGGUAGAGAGGAAUAAAGUUCUUCAGAUUUUUUUAUGAUUAUGUAAUUCAGGUUGUGGCCACAACCUGGAUGCUCUUCUUUAAGACUGUGUUGCAGAGUGAUGACUUUGCUGCUGGCAUGUCAUUUCUCUCCUUCACAGUUUAAUUCCAGUGAAUAGUUUUCAGAGUCCCACCCAUGAAGCA